GCUCAGUUCGGUGAAAUUUAAAACUUUUGUUUUUAUGAACUGAACUUUAGUUUUAUUGUAAUUAUUAAAAAUUUAAUGAUGGAUAAUUCGUUUUUCGAAUACCGUGAUCGCACGGCCGCGGGAAGUGACUCGGACAGUGAAAUUAUUGAUAGUAGUUUUAGCCAGUCUGUCGUAUUACCAAAAACACCAGCAAAGAAAAAUCAAACUGUAUUCGUACCAGAAUCUGAUGAUUCAACAGAAGAUGAAUCAGAGAAAGAAAACACUCCAAGAAUUAUAUCCACUGCUUCUUCUGGUCACUGGACCAGAAGAAGCAGUGUGAAACUACAUCAAGUAGUUUUGAGUAGUGAUGAUGACAAAAGCAAUAGAAGCAGCAUUAGAAGACCUUCUGACUCUACUAAUAAAGUAGUUAUUACCUCUUCUGAUGAUGAAGUGGAACAAGUUUCCCCGGAAAUAAAACCGAAACGUCGCCCCCCAGUCAACCCCUCACCAUUAUCUUCGAACUCUUACAUUGGGAGGAAAAAGAAGAAACUCAUGGUUCUCCUAGAUUCUGAAUCCGACAAUUCAUUUAUCAAAGGACAUUCUAGAAAGAAAAAAUGCAUAAAAGACACUCCAGUCAAGCUAGACUGUGUAAAAAAAAAUGUUAUUCGUGACAUACAAAACAUGAGUAUAGAAAACAAUGAUUCUGUUGUAAAUGAUGAUGGCAGUGAUGGUCAGUCUGAUCAUGAUGACGAAAGUCAAAAUACCGAUGAAAGUCACGACAAAGACGAAGAUCAAUCGCAAGAUAGUGAUGCCAGUGAAUCUGAAAAUGAAGUUAUUGAAAGUGAUAGUAGUAAUCAUGAAGUUAAUGAUAAAAGUAACAAACGUCGUAAUAAGAAAAAACUAUUUAAAAUAAGUGACGACAGUGAUACUUCAUUAAAUAAAGUAAGCGAUAGUAAUGAGUAUGAUUAUAAAAAUAAUGACAAAAGUUGCAGUAAUGAGCAAUCUGACCAAAGCGAUGCUACAGAGUAUCUUAUAAAUGAAGGUAACAGUAUUGCACAUAAUGACGAGGAACCUUGUAGAAAUGAAGGUAAUGAUUCUCUUAAUGAAAGAAAAAGUGACAAUACUAACUGCAGUGAAAACAAAAGUGUAAAUACAAGUGACGAUGGCCUUGAAGAGGAACAGAUGGUGAUGUCGCGAGCUACGCGGAUGAGUAUCAUGGGGGUGAUACCCAAAGAUAAUGAAAGCGACGAUUCAGAUUAUAUAGAGUCUGAUAAUACAACCCAAUCUUCCCGUGCAAGCUCAACAGGUAACUUAUACAAUGCAUCUGAUAUAGAAACGCAGCCUAAUACUUCUCCUGUAAAAACUACGAAAGGCGACAAUCCCGAUACUUCUACAAUAACAUGCUCUCCUAUAUCUAGUCCAUCAAAUAAUUUAAGUAAUGAAAUAAAUAAUUCUUCAAAUGAGAAACAAGUCUCAAAUAGUAAUAUAUAUAGCCCUGAAGUGUGCGAUUUGAGGAAUAAAGUACUGAAUAAAGUGAAUAAGGAAACAAAAAUGUAUAAAGAAAAUAUUAUAGAUGAUGAUGUCACGAUAAUAGAUAGAGAGCCUGAAAUUAUUGCGCUGAGCAGUGAUGAUGAAGAUGAGGUGAAAGAGGAUAAGAAAUCUCCCAGUUUCAAAAAGUCGCCGAGGUCAAAAGAACAGAGUACAGCACAGUUCAAAACUAACGACAUAAAGCAGUACCUAGCACCACCCAGCUACCCCAAUCAGAAUAUUGUUUUCGUGAAGAAACACGUUCGGGAGAACGAACUCAGUAAGCUCAAUGGACUACGGGAGGACCUGCAGAAUAUUCGGUACUUGCUGGAUAACUUGGACGAGGAUACGCUUCCCGACCGCGGUGUAAAGCUGAUGCAGCGACUCGAUGCCCUGGAGCGCCAAGUUCAGCAACAGGGGGACAAAGUCGCCAACAUGGUCGUAGAACCAGAUAUGCCUACGAAGGAAGAUAUGGCAAGAGACGGUUUCGCUCGGCAGGACAAGGAGUUGUCUUGGGACGAAAUACAAAAGGCCAGUAACGCCGUGCAGCCGCGAAUGUUCGGCAAACAAGCAAUGGCCACCCACAUGUUCGAGCGCAACCUUAUUCUGGACCGCCUCCGCGACUUGUACGAGUCGCUCGCGUCCCGCCCGUCGGAGCAGUCGCAGUCGAAACAGCCGGCCGGCGUCAAGAGCGAGUUGAUGGAACACCAGUUGCACGCGCUCGCUUGGCUGCGCUGGCGGGAGACGCAACGACCGUCCGGCGGGAUUUUGGCUGAUGACAUGGGUCUCGGUAAGACCAUCACCAUGAUAUCGCUGAUCGUGGCCGAUAAGGAGGGUUCCAUUGACAACGAUGAUGACGACGAUGACAGAGGCCCGAGACUGGCUCGUGGGGGUACGCUAGUUGUGUGUCCCGCCACUCUAGUCCAGCAGUGGGCUAGCGAGGUGACAAAACACUGCAAUCCGCACACACUGUCCGUUUGCCUACACCACGGCGCGUCGCGAGCAACGCAACCACACCGCCUGGCGGCCAACGACGUUGUGAUCACCACAUAUAACAUCCUGCAAAGAGAGAGCGAGAAGAAUGGCGUUUUAUCGCGCGUGCGCUGGCGCCGCGUGAUCCUAGACGAAGCGCACGUGGUGCGCAACCACAAGUCCGCCACGUCGCAGGGGGUGUCCAGUUUGCCCGGCGCCCGGCGCUGGGCAUUGACGGGCACGCCUCUGCACAACAAGGAUCUAGACCUGUUCGCGUUGCUCAAGUUCCUGCGCUGCACGCCGUUCGACGACCUCACUAUGUGGAAGAAAUGGAUCGACAACAAAAGUCUGGGUGGGUCGGAGCGCCUGAACACCAUCAUGAGUUGCGUGAUGCUGCGCCGCACCAAACAGCAGCUACAAGAGAAGGGCCAGCUCACCUGCCUGCCCGAGCGCAGCUCCCACGAGCUCACCGUCACCCUGGCGCAGGAGGAGAUGAACGUGUAUCAGAAGGUGCUGGUAUUCUCCAAAACGCUGUUCGCUCAGUUUCUCCACCAGCGCGCGGAGAAGCAGUCCGGCCUGCAAGGCACGAUGCCGCCGAAGAAAGACAGCGAGUAUGCCAAGAUGCAUAAGAAGAUGAUUGCCUUGCAAGGUGCAAAGCCGGUCAAAUCCCAUGAGAUCCUGGUACUCCUGCUACGAUUGCGUCAAGUUUGCUGCCACUGCGGACUUAUCGCCGCCAUGUUGGACCACGACAACAACACGGAGCUGGCGGAGGACGUCGGCAGCGAAGAUCUGCUGGCCGAACUCAACAAGCUCACAUUAGAAGAUAAGAACACCUCCAAAAGACAAAGUACUGGCAACGAGUACUGGCACGAGGAAGAAGUGGAAACCGGGGAAGGUACAACCGCUGCCGAAGCCAUCAAGUCUGUUUUAUCGUCAAACAAUCCAGUGUUCAGCCUACAGAGGCAAUCAUCGAAAAUCAAAGCUGUUAUGGAAUGCCUUAAUAAAAAUGUUUUUGUCAAUAAAGGUGAAAAGGCAGUAGUGGUGUCGCAGUGGACUUCGGUGCUGAACCUGGUUGAGCGGGAGUUAAAAGCUGCUCGCGUACGUAGCGUCACACUACGCGGGGACGUGCCCGUGCCCGCACGUGCGUCUCUUAUCACCGCACUCAACGACCCGCGAUCUGACGUCCGGGUUAUGCUAUUAUCACUUUGCGCUGGUGGAGUUGGCUUGAACUUGUGCGGCGCCAACCAUCUCCUGUUGCUGGACCCUCACUGGAACCCUCAGCUGGAGGAGCAGGCGCAGGACCGCAUCUACAGGGUGGGCCAGGUCAAACACGUUCACAUCUACAGGUUCAUGUGCGUGGACACAGUGGAACAGUCGAUCAGACAGCUGCAGAAAGCCAAACUAGAGUUGGCGGAGAACGUUCUCACUGGCGCUAAGAACACCAACGGCUCCAAGCUGUCCAUUGAAGAACUGAAGAUACUCUUCAACAUGGGUCCUCAGGGCGACUCAUAAACAGAUGCCUCCACAGUUCCCGUCAGUCUUAAUGGCCGCUCAGAGUGCCAACUGGCAAGUGUGGGAUUUUCUACCUACGUUCACUUAUUUGGUCGCGAGAAAUUUAACUACGAUUUAUAUAGUAUCCUUUGAUACCAUAUAAAUCGUAGAGCCAUCUGAUUACAAGAUAGGGAGACCGCACUGUCACUUCGACUUCACUUUCGGGAGGCCGACUUCACCUGUGAGGUGCUGGGAUUCGAAUUGAAUGAAUUCGCUAGGCACUUGUGCUGUUUUUGAUACAAUAUAUGAAAGUCUACUUCAUUACGUACCUGUAAUAACAUAUGUUAGGUUAGUAUGUGUCACUAACGAGUGAAACGCAGAGCGCAGCAGAAGUUACGCCAAAGGUUGGAGGUAGAAAACGAGAAGAUAUUCUGAAGGGCAUUGUCGAUAGAGAGAUCUGCUGGUAAAAUACAAAAAUAAAACUACUCUGUUCUCCCACAGCUUUAUCAACUCUCAGAGCACUAGUGCACAAGUGAAAAUAAUAUCCAAAUGAUGAAUGAAUGAAUACACUUUUAUUGUACACCACAAAAAAAACAGGAAAAAUCAUAAAAAAAAAAACUAGUUUACACUAAGUAUACAAUUAGGCGGCUUUAUAGGACAUAGCGAUCCCUUUCAGGCAACCGAUGGAGUAAAUAAAACACUGCUCAAGACGAGAUAAAUAUAUUUAUAAAUAUAUACAUAAAUACUUUAUUUAUAUAAUAAAAUUCUACACAAUAUUAUAUAUACAUCCUAAUAUUUAAUAUAUAUAUCAAUACAAUGAAUAUCAAUAAAUAGGAACAAUAUUGUCAAUCCCCAAACAAAACAGAAUAGGCAUUACUAAAUUACCGAAGAUUCAGAAAAAAAAAAUGAUCUUUAACAAGUUUUUUGAAGAUGCAAAUAAUAUAUGUGAAGAUAAUUUUUUAUCCUUUCCCUGCCCAUGCCGGCCGUGCUGACAGGGAAAAUAAUUAACGUGUCCGCCUGCUAAAAUACGGGAACGUGGAAUAGUAGAAGUUUGCCCCCGUUAAUUAAUCAUCAUCAUCAUCAUCAUAUCAACCGAUAGACGUCCACUGCUGGACACAGGUAUUCGGAAGGGAGUUCCAAAUUCCAAAGCUUUAUGCCGCUUGUGUCCAGCGGCUCCCCGCGACGCGC